AUGUAUCCAUCUCUCCAAGACGACGACGAUCUCCUCGCUGCUCUUUGCUUCGAUCAAAGCAAUGAAGUAGAAGAUCCUUACGCGUUUAUCCAGACAGAUCAAGAGAACAUUUUCUCGGAUUUUGGAACAUCAGGUGUGAAUUUGCAGCAAGAGCAAGAACGAGUGUGUAACAUUGGAGCUCAAUUCGAUUCUUUCAACGGAAACCUUCCUCAAGGUUGUAGUUUUAGAGGGGAAAACAACGAUUUAAGAGUCCCUUAUGGUGGAGUUGUCUAUAGUAGCAGCAUUGGAUCAUCACAAUUGGAUUUGGCGGGGGAAUCGUAUAGUGGAGUUUUGCAGCAAGGGACACUGCAAGUCGGUAGCUUUAGAGGUCGAGACGACGAUUCAGGGCCUUCUCAUGUGCAGCAGGAACCGGAACAAGUGUGUAGCGGUGUAGUGGAAAUCAACUCUUCAUCAUCUGUUGGAGCUGUUAAGGAAGAACAUGUGGAGGAAGAAUGUUCGCGGAAGAGGGGACGAACUGGAUCAUGUAGCAAGCCGGGAACCAAAGCCGGUCGUGAGAAACUGAGAAGGGAACAGCUAAAUGACAAGUUCAUGGAUUUGAGCUCUGUUUUGGAGCCUAAGCGGACUCCAAAGACGGAUAAAUCAGCUAUAAUCGAUGAUGCAAUCCGGGCGGUGAAACAGCUUAGAGGUGAAGCACAUGAGCUUAAAGAAACCAACCAGAAGCUCCUAGAAGAGAUCAAGAGUCUGAAGGCGGAGAAGAACGAGCUAAGGGAGGAAAAACUGGUGUUGAAGGCAGAUAAGGAGAAGAUAGAGCAACAGUUGAAAUCUAUGGCGGUUCCAUCGCCUGGUUUCAUGCCUUCGCAUCCAGCAGCUUUCCAUCCCAAUAAAAUGGCGGUUUACCCGAGUUACGGUUACUAUCCAAACAUGCCAAUGUGGCCAUACUUACAUCCUUCGGACCGUGAUACGUCUCAUGAUCACCUAAACACUCCUCGUGCUGCUUAA